UCGUUAUGCUAGAAUGGCAUCACUUGCAUUAAAGACUACUGCUAGUUACUGUUUGUUUCGAAAUAAUAUACAUCCUGAAAUUUAUCAGAAUGACUUAAUAGAAAUUCGUUUGUAAUUAUUUUCGAUAUCAUUUUAAUCAUUAAGAUGAUGUUUAUAUUUAUUUUCAAAUUAUUUGGAUACACUUCUUAACUGUUGCCGGUCCUCUUCCCUGUUAAUUAGAAACAAUAUGGCGGCCGCCAAUGUGCAAACACCUGACAUCUCAAGUUUUUAUACAGAAAAUGCAUGCAAAACAGUUUCUGUCAAUAUGCGUUGUGGUCCCCAUUGCAAAUCUGGAGAUAUCAGUGAAGAUAUUCUUCGAGCUGAAUUUCACGAAAUGUUUCGUCAAUGCAUUGAUCAAAAAAGGCGAAUUGAACCAAAGAAAACAAAAAAGAAAUCAAAGUCCAAAGAGAAACAGAAAUCAAAAAGAGAAACUGCAGAAUUGCCAGUUCUUCAGCCCCCAUUUUUAGCAGUGAGAAGCAACCCGUCGUCCUUUGUCGUUUUUGCUAUUGUUCGUCUUUGUGUCUUAGAAAAACAAACCUGUGAGGCUACACGCCUAUAUCUAAAGAGCAUAUCAUCACCUUCUACUGAUUCUGAGUCUGAUGAUGAUGAUGAUCGCAGCAAUGAUGGAUCUAGAGUGCCUAAGAUUGUUGGUAUUGGUUUAUGCAGUGUUUUUGAGUUAAUAAAAGAGAGCCAAAAAAAUCAUCCACACUUUUGUAUGAGAGCCCUUGAAGCUUUAUUAGACAUGCUGCAAGGCCAACAACCCGAAGGACUGAAAUAUGAGCCUUCUGAAGUUAUCGAUUCAAUGUUUGAUUUAUUAUUGGAUUUAUCAUCCUCGUUCUCAACGGACCAACCACAGAGUAGUUUCUCUGCAAACUUAACUCCUUACGCUUGUGCCUGUCUUCUAAGCCUUGUUGUGGCCAGGGGAGACACUGGCAAGCUUCUAUCUGCUGCCUCCGCAUUACUUAUGAGCUCUCAAGCCUUAGCAUCUGAAGAAAUCCCUACUCCUGGUAUAAUGUCUUCUUUGCAACGAAGUGUCCACGCAGUUUUAUUUGGAAAAACUGUGGGUCCAGAUUGGUGUUCAAGAGGUUUUCCUAGCAGUGCCCUCUGUGGUUGGUUUUCAGUACAAAUUCCAAAAACAAAAUACAGGCAAGGCUCUCCGAUAACUAGUGAUGGCAAAUUUUUGUACAUUUUGUCUGGUGGCUCCAUCUAUAAAAUUGGCUCAGGCUUUGGUGGAACUAUUAAGGGGCAAAUAAUUAUGAGUCGAGGUGGUAUUAAAGUGGAUGAAAAGGCAUGGUUAGGAUAUUGCAAGGGUUAUUUAUAUUUUCAACCGCAAGCAGGUUCUUGUAAUGAGUUGAUUAAGAUUGAUCUAGAAACAUUAAAAGAGAAGGAACGUGUUAAAGUGGAUGUUCCAGAAUGGGGUCCUUGUGCCUUUUUCUCUGAUGGGGAUAAUUUAGGACUUAUUCUUGCCACAAAAGAAGAUAGCUUUAUUAUAAAAAUGUUCAAGCCUGGCUCAUCUCCUAUGAAUUGUGUUCAUGAAUUAACUUUGAAAUUGGCUCGCAAAUGCCUGGAUAUUUUUGGUUCUGGUUUGUUUGAGGAUGAUAAUACAUAUCACGUAUUAAACAUGCCAUCCGAAGAUGAACCUGUAAGCAUUGCAGCAGGAAAAGAUUUUGCUUUGAUCAAGACAGUUUGUGGUAAAAUUUUAUACUCUGGUAAAGCUCAAAGCAUGGGUGUGAAACACGGAGGUCCUUCAGUUGGUAAAUGGACUGAAUUGGUCAUCACUAAGUCACCUAAGAUUGUCCAUUAUUCAGUUGGCCAUGAUGGGCAGCAUGCUCUUCUAGUUGCAGAAGAUGGCAGUGUUUUCUUUGCUGGAACUGCCCGCAGGGGAGAGGAUGGCGAUCAAAGCAAAGGACGAAGGCAGCCAAAACCUACUAAACCAAAAAAGAUGAUAAAAAUGGAGGGGCAUCACGUUGUUUCGUCUGCAUGCAACAACGGAACAAGUGCUCUCAUUACUCAGAGUGGGGAAUUGUAUUUAUUCGGAAAAGACUCAGUGCAUGCAGAUCAUAAUUCUGGUCUUGUUACAGAAAUUAAACAGCCGGUGACACAAGCUGCUUUAGGUAAAGCUCACGUUGUUGCUCUGACCACAAAAGGACAAAUCUAUACAUUUGGCAUAAAUCAUAAAGGUCAAUGUGGUAGAGAAUAUCUUCAUGGUACAAACAGGGAAGUACCUCAUCCGAUUGCCAUGGCAACGGCAACUGAAGACGAUGCUGAAGAUGAAGAUGUAGAAUCGGAAGAGCCAGAUAUUAUUUGCCCUGCUGGCAGGCACCAAUGGAAUCAUGAUCAUUGUAUGGUUUGCACGGUGUGUGGAGAAUGUACUGGAUAUGGAGCUAGUUGCAUUGCCAGUGGGAGACCAGACCGAAAUCCUGGUUUGCCUUGUGGUUGUGGUGCAGGUGAUUCAGGCUGCUUAGAGUGUGGUUGCUGUAGAGCAUGUGCCAGAGAGAAUGACCAGGAUGUUGAUGUAGCUGCUGCCUGGGGUCAGCUAGUUGCUGGAGGUCUGGUGGACAAUAAACAGACUGACAUUAUUGUGUUUGAUGUUCGAUGUGGUCGUGCAGGGGUUCGAUUGGAAGACAGGUUGCGUCGCCGAAUUGAAGAGUACAGAGUGAGGCAGCGUCGAAAGCAAAUGAUACAGUCUGUGAAAGCCAUGAGAUCUGGUUUAGCUGGAUUAAAUAAGCUUAGGAGUGAUGUUCCAGAAAAAAGUUCACCUCCAAUUAUGGAUGAUGUUGCUGGUAGUGAUCAAGAAAAGGAAACCAUAAAGUUGACAGUAUUACCUCCUGCUCAAUUACAUCUUCCUACAGAAGUGCCUGUCAUACAAGUUGCUUGUGGACUUCACCAUAAUGUUCUGCUGCUUCGCAAUGGGGACGUUUAUACAUUUGGUAAUAAUCAACAUGGGCAGCUGGGCCAAGGAGAUUUUCUUAUAAGAGGACAGCCAACAUUAUUGAAGCUUCCAUCUGCUUAUCUGCCAACAACUAUAACUCAAGUUGCUGCUGGUAGCUGCCAUACUGUUUUAUUAAGUGAAAAGGGACAGGUUUUCACAUUUGGAAGUUUUCAGAAGGGACAGUUAAGAAGAGGUCCCCCACACUCUUCUUUAGAAGAAAAUAAAAAAGACAGGAGAAAGUCGGAACGAGAUAAGGACGCUACUUGGAGUGCAAUACCUGGUGCAGUGCCAAACAUAGGAACAAAAUACGGACGUAGAGCUACUUGGAUUGGAGCUUCUGGCGACCUAACUUUUGUCAAAAUUGAUGAAUCUCUCAUAAAUUCUCAUAACUUGAGCAAAUCUAGUGUUGUUUGUAAUAAAUCAUGUAUUGGUAUCAUUCCUAAUCAAAUUGAGCAGGCCUCAUCUUUUAGGAGUUUGGUCAUAAGCAAAUCAGAUGGUUCGUGCCGAAGCUUCAGUUCUGUUGACCAGCUGGAACUGAAAGAUUAUUCCGUUUGUCUUGACAGUGUCUACAAUGUGCUUUGGAGUUUUUGUCCCUCAAACCAAAGAAUAAGUCUGUACAAUAUUUGUAUCACAGAACUACAAAACUUGUCUAGUCCGCCUGGCAAACUAGCCACUAGUUCUACCAUGAGUAACAAAGAUUUUGAGCCAUCCCUGCCAAAGAUUUUGAGUCCUGAGCACAUGCUGCCAUUCAAGCACGGAAUCCCCAUCAGCAGAGCUCAUGCUGCAUUGAACAUAUUGAGCAGUUUGGACACACUCACCUCUGCUCAAGAACAGAAUCUUCAAGUUCUCAACGACGAUCGCAAACAUCAGAAUUUGAGCAAAGUUUAUAGCAAAGAAGACUUCUCCAUUGUAAAUAGGUUUGACAGUCAUGGUGGUGGUUGGGGUUAUUCUGGUCAUUCUAUUGAGGCUAUACGUUUCAUGGCAGACACAGACAUUCUCUUGGGUGGUUUCGGAUUGUUUGGAGGCCGAGGAGAAUAUACAGCUAAAUUAAAGGUGUUUGAUAUUGGACCUGAAGGAGGAGAACAAGAAGUUGACGGUGAACUGUUAAUUGAAACAGAUGAAAUACCUUAUGAAUGUGGGGCUAGGCAUAAAUAUCCAAUGCUUUUUGAUGAGCCUAUUCAGUUGACGGCCAACAGAUGGUAUGUUGCAUGGGCUAGAAUAUCCGGUCCUAGUAGUGACUGUGGUGCAAGUGGGCAGUCAGUAGUCACUACUGAAGAACAGAUUGUGUUCUAUUUUAAAAGCUCUAAAAAAUCCAAUAAUGGUACAGAUGUGAAUGCAGGACAGAUACCUCAGCUCCUCUACAGAACUGUAACACCUGAUAAUCAAGGACUAUCAAAGCCCAGUGAUCAGUUGGAACCUGUGACUGUUUUAACGAAAGACUUUUCCAAGACUGUUACACCCCUUACAUUUCAAUCCAUACUGUCUUUGUUGAGGUGGGCUUGGCAAUCAUUUAAGGCGAAUUACUGUGAAGCAAUUCUUGGAUCAUCUGUGCCUGCUCUUGCUGCCCUCUUGGAUUUAGAAAGAUUAGAGUACAUGUGUUCUGCUUGUCUCCGCUUAUUAAAAACAUAUAUCAAUGAAAUUUAUCCAAAUGGACCCGCAUCUAGGAAAACAUCAUCCGAAUCAUCACGACUGGCGGAGUGUGUUGCUGAUGUGAGAGCUUUACUGCAGCACAUUUUGUCCGACAGGCUACCGAGUGCACAAGCGAAAUCUUCCUUUUCGAGCAUUCCAACCUCUUUGUCAUCCAUGGCCUUGUUGGUGAAUAAUUUGCAGACUGUCCUGGAAAAUUGUCAUGAAACUUUCUUGUCUUGUUACCAUGCAUUUUAUCCAAGUGCUCAACUCAAGUGGAGAGGAUUGUGUGAUCUGCUUCUAACAAUUGAUGUGCCUUGGGUGGAAGAUUCUGUGGAAGGUGACCAUCUUUUGGCAGCUAUUCUGGCAUCUCUGUGUGCUUCAUCUAUUCGGCUGACGUCUACACUGCCUGUUACCUUAAAACACGAACCGGUAACCGACUCCUCGAGUGACUCGUCCAGUGACUCAUCACCUAUUUCACCUGAGCAAGUGCCAGAUUGUAGUUCUAAUGGUCAAACUCAAGAGAUGUCAUCCGGAGUUUACGGUUCAGAAACUUAUCGAUAUCCCGUACUGGUUGAUUGUAUUAAUCUAAGAACAGAGAGAGAAGGUUGCAAUCCUGGUCCUUGCAGUUUUAAAGAGGUUCUGGACAGGUUAUUAGCUAUUGUGAAACAACCGCUCGAUGCCAUGUUACAACAGGAAAGUAUUAAGCAUUCUUCCAAGUUAAUCACCAAUGCAUGUGCCUUUAUAGCAGUGAUUGUUGCAGAGUUAUCAUAUCAAUCUUCAGGAACUGUGCUGGACAUGCAUGGUACAGGUGGUCAAGUAUUGCACAUCACGCCUUCUCGCUUCACAAAAGUGAGUCAAAACAGGACGUGGAACACUGGCAAUGGUUCCCCUGAUGCAAUAUGCUUUAGUGUUGACAGGUCAGGAAUCUUGAUUGCUGGAGUCACUGUUUAUGGAGGAGUGGGUAAUGAGUGGCAUUAUGAAUUGGAACUUUUAGAUGAUCAAAAUUGUGGAAUUGUUGAUCCUUCCCAUACUCAGAGGUGGAAAACAUUAGCUAUUGUAAGAGGAACAUUUGGACCCGAAGAUUGUUAUGGCGAUGUAGCAGAAAUCAAAUUUGAGAGAGCAGUUCCUAUUAAGGAAAAUGUGAAGUAUGCCAUACGAUUAAGGAAUCAUGGUUCUCGAACAAAUAAUGGAGAUGGAGGUUUAUCUCAAAUAAAGGGACCGGAUGGUUGCCUUUUCACCUUUACCGAUUGCUCUUUGAGUUUCAAUGGCACAAACCAUACAAGGGGACAGAUACCACAAAUUCUUUAUUACAGCACUCCUCAAGAUAUAGAAAAUGUACAGAAUUCACGUGAAUUGGCUGAACUUCAAGCUAGACGAAAUGCACUCUCCAUAUGUGAAUCUAUUGUAAGAACAGCUGUUGAUCUCUUUUUGAAAGCCCAAUGUGUAGAUGAUCCCGAUAUUCUGUGUGCUUUUGGAACAUCACAUGUAGUGACAAUGCUUCUUCCUUUAAUAUUUGCUCAUUUAGGACCUGUUGCAACAUCAGAUCCCAGAAGUGCUGUUCAAGUGCUAAUUAUGGUUCAAAGUUUGCUUCCCCUUGUGGCAGCUCUGAAUAAAAAAAAUCCCAAACCUUAUUCUGAAAAAUCUGAUGCAGAUCGCAAUGACUCUAGUUUGUCUACCACAUCCAGUCACUAUGCUAUUGUUGAAUCUGAUCAUCCCUAUCGACCAGCCUCUGUUGCUCAUUAUAGGGUUACUUUUCCACCUAAAGUUCAAUGGAUUUCUUUAGAAUUUGAUCCACAGUGUGGUACAGCUCAAGUAGAAGAUACUCUUCAGGUUUAUAUACCUAGUAAAAACAAUAGUGGAUCUGUGUGGCUGAGUAGUGCCCAGACUAUCAAUAUUGCUGGUUCAUCUGAAUCAGAUGAGGACCAGUUUGCACCUUACUGGCCUGUAUUCAGAAAGUUUAGUGGAAAUUUUGAUUGGCCCACUACUGCUCUCCUGCUGCCUGGAAAUGAGGUUGUGUUUUCCCUGGAGACAGCCUCUGACUAUGUGAAAGAUGAGAAGGCAUGCUUCUAUGGUUUUCGAUGUCAAGUUGUUGGAUUUGAGUGCCCUAGAAUUGCAUCUGGUAGCAACAUAGAGAGUUGGGAAGGACUAAAGCACCUGGAACGGGAACUUGCAUACUUAGGUGGAAUGUGUGCUGCAUCCCUCAUGAGAAGAGAUCUUAUUCUUCCUCCAUCAUCAUUUGGAGAAAUGGAAGAAGAUUUAGAACUUAUUGAAGAGCUUGCCCAACAAGUGUACAAGAAUCAUUCAGUACUUCUUUCCAAGGGUUUUGCUUUAGCUCAUCCUCCAAGUAUUGAUCAAGCUCUCGAAGGAGUGUUACCUUAUAGCAGUCAAUCCAACGAACAUGCUUUUCUCAAAGAUUUUGUUUCUUGUGCUCAAGGUACUAGUGGAGGAAGGCUAGCCAGGUGGUUGCAGCCAGAAUCUUAUGUGGAUCCGAAGCAAUGUGAGCUUUUAUGUAGUCAAGAUGAGUUAAAGUGUGGUUGGCCAGCCACUAUUACUGUCACAACUAAGGACCAAUAUUGUAAAAUUGUACAGGCUCUGUCUCUAAAGGUUGAAGUACUUGCAGUUCCUAUGAAUAUGUACGACAAAGAAACUGAAACGAACAACCAGAGUCGUAAAUUAGCCAGAAUAAGCAAACCUGAAACUGGGCUGCUAACCUUUGGUGGUCACUCUCCUCCCAAUCUAGAAGUUCCUUAUGAAAUAUCAGUGAAAGACAAAAUGUUUUACUAUGCCAUUACAGUAAUGAAAGAAUAUGAAAAUUAUUCUUUUGAGGAACUGCGGUAUGUUUCUCCUGCUAAAAAGCGCCUCAUUGAAAAUAUGUUGGUACGUACCAAUAAUGAUGGUACUUAUACCGCUAAUUGGACUCCUGGGUCUACUGGAUGGUAUCUACUGAGGGUAGUCAUAGAUGGAUUUGAUAUUGCCACUUCUCAGCAGAAGUAUGUUGAAGUGAAAGAGCCUCCUCAAGGAUUGCUCAUACCUAUGAAACAAAUCACACCUAAAACACCACAACAGCCAAAUAGGAUACGGAAGUUUGCUGCAAAAUUCAGUGCUGGUCUUAGAGUUCGCAGCCAUCCAUCUCUGCAGAGUGAACAGAUUGGAACAGUUCGUGUCAAUGAUGUCAUUAGUUUCAUGGAUGAGCUUCAAAAUGAAGAUGGUGUAUGGGUCCGCCUCAGCCCAGAGACUGUCAGGAAGUAUUGCCAGAACGGUUUCACCGAAGCCUGGUGUUUGCAGUAUAACAAACAUCUUGGAAAAACUUUAUUGGUACCCUUAGAGGAACCAAAAACUGCAUUAACUGAUUUUUUCAAAGAGAAAAGUUUGAAAAAGAAGUCUUUAGAAGAUAAUCAUAGAAACAAAUUUAAUUCAUUACAAGGACCUGGUGUUUAUAAAGUUGUGAAGUGCGGGGCAUCAGGCCAUAACAUCAGGAGCAGACCUAGUUUAAAAGCCUCGGCCGUAGGCAUGCUGAGCAUGGGUAACACUGUUUGUGGUAUAGAAACUAUGACCAACUCGGAUGGUGUAUGGGUGAAAUUGGACAGAGAUAGUGUGAAGGAGUAUUGCUUUAAUCUGGAUGGUGAAGCAUGGACCCUCAUACAGAGUCCUAUGGAUGCUGUCUACUUACAGAGAGAUGAUAUGAAGGAAUCUUAUACUAAAUUUCCAUCUGAACAGAAUUCUAUAUUUUCUUCAUCCGGUGGAAAAGGAUUCAAUUUCUCUGCUCAGACAUUCCCCUCAUUUGGACAGUCCAUGGGUAUUUUUACUUUUGGUAGCGGUACUUCAGAUCAUGAUGAUGCUUCUUCUGGUGAUUCUGCUAGUCCUUUUAGAUUUGGAUCGCCAAGCACUACUCCAUCCAUUUCUAUGAACGUCUUGGAGCCCGAAAAAAGCGAAUUGGAUGCCAUGAAGACCUCCAGUAACAACAGCAGCCAUAUUUCCGCCCUCCAGCGUUUAUUGAGCGAAGAGUCUGGCAUUCGAUCCAAUUCUGAAUACUGUCGGACAUCUGUCACCUGCGACAUCCCACCGGAACUGCAGAGCGUUUCUGUAAAAGAUCUGGUGAAGGCUAUCGGAGAAAGUAGGGUGAACGGAAAUGCCGCCACACCGCCGAGGACGCCUCCGAACACCCCACCCAUUCCUCAUAGAAGUUCCAGAGGCAGCAGUCCCAUGCACACUUCACCUAAAAUACCAUCACGCCGUAGUUCCAGUCCUAUUCAAAUUGUUCCUAAUCCUCUGAUGCGCUGCAAUAGUGAAAUUCCUUCCCUCAAUAGCAUUUCAUCUUCCUCACCUCCUCCAUCCACCUCUCCCAAGAGACACCCUUUGACCACACAAGAUGCUGCUGCUUGGCCUCCUCACUACCAGGCACAAAAGUCUUCUUUACGAAGGAGCUCCUUACAAAGUGAUACUUCUGUAGGCUCACAUUUCAGUACAAUUCUCAAAGAUUUAUCUCAGACUGCUCCUACUGGUUGUUUAGGUUGCAUCUCUCAAAGAACAACUAUUAGUCCACUGAGCACUCCUGGAACACCAGGCACACCUGCAACGCCUGGAACUCCUAAAAAGGAAGUGAAUAGCAUUGCUACAACAAAGAGCGUAACACAGACUGGAACUCAAACUAGUCCCGAUGGUGUGAAGAAUCAUUUUAGUAUUGGAUCAGCCGGUGCCAGAGAAGAACCAACAAGGGUGUCUCCCAAGUUGUCCAGGAAAGAUAGAACCUCUCGACAGUUGCGUAAUAAACGAGAAAGAGUGAAAUCUCCGGGAUCUCUUCGUGAAAAUUCUGAAAAAACCAAAGAAAAAAGUGUUACCAAAGAGGCCGUGAAAGAGGCAAUGACGCCGUCUAUUGCCGAGUGUCUUCGAGCAGUAUUCGCAGCCUUUCUAUGGCAUGAAGGGAUUGUUCAUGAUGCCAUGGCCUGUGCGUCAUUUCUUAAGUUCAAUCCCACUCUUCCAAAGCAAAUAACUAGUGUCGUUCCUCAUGUAGCUAUUAGAGAGAAAAAAGAGCACUCCCCCCUAACUAAAGAACAGAAAGCGAGGUAUAGGCAUUCUGUCGAAGUUGCCAGUCCAAGUUUACUGACUUUCCAAUAUUUCGAAUCAUUUUCGCCUACUCCGUUUAAUGCUAACAUAUAUAAAAGCAAACUUGGCCGAACUUCCGUUGCUAUCAAGGAGGAUGUUGUCGAAGCUUCAAAGCAGUUUGAUGCCAACAGUGAAAAAAGUGACAGUCCUUCAAAACGAAAAGCCAGCGUGAAUGAAAAGUAUCAGUUGCCUCAAUCGCUUCAGCACUUAGUGAUACUGUGGGAACAUAUCUCCUCAUCUAGCUUAAGGAUAGUAUCUCAGCAGCUUGUGUUGCCCAGUCCAGUGACUGGUUCAAAAGUCUUUCAGAGGUUAGAGAAGGAAAGAAGCAAUAAAGACAAGAAAGUUAAGAAGAAAAAAGAUUGCCGUCCUGUCUUGACUGUCCGUGGUAAUUUUCUUGCCGAAGCGGGCGGCGGCCCGUUUGCUGCCGAAAGAGAAAGCAUGUGCGAGCUGUGUGGAAACUUUUUCCCCCAUCCAGUGACCUAUCACAUGCGACAAGCUCAUCCGGGUUGUGGUGAUCAUGCAGGUGGGAAAGGGUACAACAGUGGAGGUAAUUUCUGUGGCGGAUGGGCCGGAAAUUGUGGUGAUGGAGGCAUUGGGGGCAGUAGUUGGUACUUAAUUUGUGAUCGUUGCAGAGAGAAAUUCAUUCGCCAAAAAGGACAGAGCUUAAUAAAAGAGAAAGUUAAAAAAUCAAGAAAGAAGGCAUCACCUACUAAACUUCUUUCUCCUUUGCCUCCCAUGGAGGCUCAUCAAAUUAUGAAAAACAAUGCCUUAUUUUUGUUGGAAUUAUCUUCCUCUGCUUCGUCUGGUCUUCCAACCAAUGCUACUACUCCCAGUAGACUCUCCCUGUAUAAUAGUAUGUCUAGUGUAUAUGAAGAGAACGGUUUCUAUGACGUUUCCCCUUUCCAUUUAUCUUCUUUUCAGUGCUUGGAUGCCCUUGGUGUCCAGCAACAGUAUAAGAAUAUGAUAGGAGAGGAGUUUCUUUCUGAAGAUGACAUAAGGGCUCUGCAGAAUGGUGUUGAAAAUAUCAGUUCCUUGUCGAAUUUAUCUCCGGGAAUUAUGCGAUCUCUGACGAUGAACGGCGGGGCCGAUUUGCAUCUAGUCAACGUGAGGAGGCGCAAGUCGAAAGUGAGAGAGAACGAGAGCAAAACACGCACAUUUCACAGAUCUAUUUCUGUUGGCCUCACUUCCAGAGACUGGAUGAAGCAAGAAAGUGGCCCGGGUGCUGCUGCUGCUGCCGCCGAGUGCCGGAUCAUCAUGACCAGGAAGCGGAACAACAGCAGCGGUUGCGAAGAUAGCAGUCCUUCUUUUCUCUGUCAACCCUCAGCAGCCUUAACGAAACUAGUCUCUGUGUUGAUGGAGAGACCUGUAAUCUCUCGUAGGCCGGUCAUGGCUUUCAUCCUUCAGCAACAUGACUUGGAUAGCUUGCAAUUAGCUAUGAAACAAGCUCUUAGAAAGGCUUCUUGUAGAGUAUAUGCAUUGCAAAUUUUAAAGUGGCUUUUGCGAAUUGUUACUCAGCCAAUGUCCCUUCAUGACUUGUUGUGGUGUUUUGUAGCAGCUCUCUCUCCAGCACCUUUUGAUAAAAAUGAUGAAGAAGGGGAUGAGGACUCACCUGAGAAAAAAGAUCAUGAGAUGGAAAAAGAUUUAGGUGUUUGUGAGCACCCCCUUUCUGACAUCACGAUUGCAGGUGAAGCCGCUUAUCCUCUACCGCAAACAUUUCAUGCUUUCCUCCAAACUGUGUCUGACUUGAUGAUGCUGCUUCCUGUAGGCUCAGCUCUGCAACAAAUAGCCAUGAGGUGUUGGUGCUUAAAAUUUCACCCUGAAGAUCACGGUUUCCUACAUCGCAGCCACGUCUUCUCUAACAUUAGCAAAAUACUCUCACGCACAGAAGAGGAGGAAGACACAACUGCUGUAGAAGACAUGUCCCAGGUUUCUGCUGAUAUUGAAGCUUUAAAAGAUGUGACGCCAUUAGUCGAUAUCAAAGCAUCCAGCCGUCAAGCGAUGGUGAAUAGUCUUACAGACAAUACUACUGAAACAUUUUGGGAAAGUGGAGAUGAAGAUCGCAAUAAAGUAAAAGUACUUAAUUUAUCUUGUGAUGCAAAAGUUCAACCCAGGAUGGUGUACUUGCAUAUUGAUAAUUGCAGGGACUUGGGUAACAAAGUUUCUGGAGUAACUUUUAAAGCUGGGCAAAACUCUGAAGAAUUGGUGAAAUUGCGACAACUUGAAGUGGAGACGCGGUAUAUUGGAUGGCUUAGCUGUGAUAUUCCUGAUGGAAAAUUCUCUUGCAUUCGUUUAGAGCUUAAAGGUCCAGAUAACACUCUAAGACUGAGACAGGUGAAAGUAUUGGGCGUCCAAGAGGGUGAGAGCAGCAUACACAUUGGAAAGAAUGUCACUGCAACACAAAUACAACAGAAGAACUGUGAAGCUGAGACUUUAAAAGUUUUCAGGCUUCUAACAUCACAGGUGUUUGGGAAAUUGAUCAAGGGCGAGUUUGAGGAUGAUUUAAAGAAUGAUGUCAAUCCAGAAGCACAGUUGUCACACUCUCAAAGCACACUGGAGACAAAUGAUCUCAAAGAACAUAUGGUGGGAAUUUUAUUCUCCAGAAGUAAACUCACUCAUUUGCAGAAACAAGUAUGUUCCCAUAUUGUUGCUGCUAUUAGAAAAGAAGCUUCCUGUGUGAGAGAUGAAUGGGAAAUCUUGUUAUGCAGCAAAUCUCAGUCAACAGAAGAACUGCCAAAGUCCUCUGAUGCUUAUUGUUUUGAAAUGUUAUCUAUGGUGCUGGCCCUCAGUGGUUCCAGUGUAGGCCGUUCCUACUUAGCUCAGCAGGCAGGACUGCUCAGGGACUUGUUCAGUCUCCUGCACACGGGAUCUGCCAGAGUUCAGCGGCAAGUGACUUCACUGCUGAGAAGAGUUCUCCCUGAAGUGAGUCCUCCCACUUUGGCCUCCAUUCUGGACGUCCCCUCCCUCCCCCCAGCAGAUUUCAGCAUCAUUUCAGAAGAGAGCAGCAAACAAGAAGAAGAAGAAGACAAGACGGGUAUAUUGGAUGUCUUCCUCUCCUGCAUAGCAAAAGCCAUCACUGUACAGACCAAAGUGAAAGGAGGAUCAUCUUCCAGUGGAGGAGGAAAAGGUGUUACAACUGUCACAUUAGCUACCUCUAUUCAUCCAAGAGACGACAUUGGUAGUCGAUGGUGGCUCAGGGGCUGUAUGUCACGCAAACUUGCUGAAGUUAUUAUUCAACUGCUAAAGGACAUGGCAGCUGGAAAGUUGACUGAAGCUUGGGCUAACAUUACAAAGAGUGCUGUUGCUGAAAAUAUUUUGAAUUUGACAAAACUUGAGGAACAACAUCGAUCUCCAACUGAAUGCUUGAAAACACCAACGCUGUGGCUGGCAUUAGCCUCUUUGUGUGUGCUCGAUCAAGAACAUGUUGAACGUCUCUCUUCUGGACAAUGGGUUGGAUCUAAGAAUGCUGGUGAUGGACAACAAUCUCAACCUAGACCUUUCUGUGAUAAUCAUGAUGAUUCUGAAACACCUGCAAUUAUUUUGUGCUCAACUUGUGGUAAUUUAUGUGCAGAAUGUGAUAGAUAUUUACAUUUGAAUCGAAAAACUCGAAACCAUCAGAGACAGGUAUUCAAAGAGGAGGAAGAGGCCAUCAAGGUGGAUCUGCAUGAGGGAUGCGGAAGAACAAAAUUAUUUUGGGUCAUGUGCUUAGCUGACUCCCGAACACUGAAGGCUAUGGUGGAGUUCAGAGAAGGAAACAGAGGUAUUUCUUCAUUUAUAAUCUAACUCAAAUUACUUUUUAAAGGCAUCUAUCUAUAAAGAGAAAAUGCAGUUUCAUUUAGAAUCCAAUUUUUUUUUAAAUAAUUUCUUUUGCUCUCCAUUUAAAACUUUCUGAAUAAUAUAUGGAUCACAUACAUUAAUUUCGGGAACGUUUGAAAAGCUGAUUCAUAAACAAUGUACAGAGUGUGCAAUAACAACAAAAACAUUUAAAAUUCAAUUUCUCAGGAACUGUUCGGUUUAUUUUGUACUUUGUCAUGUAAAACUAGAUUUUUUAAAAUGGUGCAAAAAUUUAUAUACCUUUUGAUUCAAUUAUUUUUUUACUUUUAUUCAAUAAAACAAUGAUAAAAAAUUACAUUUUGCUUGGGAUUAACUUUCAAUAAGCAAGUUUUAUAAUUGUAUUCAAAAUUGUUUAUACUUCGAGGGUCAAAAUCCAAAUUUUCCCCCAAAAAAAUGUAUGUUAAGAUAAAAUACGUUUUUGUGUCUGAUUUUGUAACUUCAAGUAUUGUCUGCCUUAAUUAAUUAACAUAUUUGAGGUCAUUCAUUUAAAUCAUUAUGAUUGGGUCCUAAGAACGAGAAGAUUCGAUCAUUAGAUUUAUAAAAAAAAAUUAUAAAAUUAUCUGUACUGUGUAUCAUUAUUAACUCAAUGGAGGGGUUUGUCCAGACAUUUUGUAAAAGAUCCGUUUUUGUAAAAUUUUGAAAAAAUUAUUCGUAAUUUGCGAAUACAAAAUAAACGUUAUGUCCCAUUCUUUCAACCAGGGUCCUGUUUUUGUGAAUUUGUGCAAAUAGGGUCUUGU